AUGUACUGGAAAGUUUAUUGUGGGAUUUUAUCGCCUUUUAUCCCAAAUAUUAGCAAUAUGAGUCAGAAUUUCCAAAACAGAUUUAGAAACGGAAUGGAAGGCAAAGAGUCUAUAAGAAGGAAAAAAAGAAUUGAUUUAAAAAAUAUAAGCAGAUUUGCAAAUAUAAGUGCAAGAAAAGUGGAAUGUUGCGGAAUAGUGGGAUAUAUGGGCUCUGGAAAUGCUCAAAGUAUUUUGAUUCAAGGAAUUGAAAUUUUACAGAAUAGAGGUUAUGAUUCCUGUGGAAUGAGCACAUUAGAUGGAAAGGGAGGCUUAUUUACAACUAAAUUUGCUUCAAGUGACAAUGGAGAUGCAGUUGAACAUAUCAAAAAUAUAUCAAAAGACGUACAUGAGCAUCACAAUAUUGGGAUAGCACAUACGAGAUGGGCUACACAUGGUGGCAAAACAGAUCUGAAUGCACAUCCACACCAGGACUACAAAAAUAGAAUUAGUUUAGUACACAAUGGGACUAUUGAGAAUUACUUAAGUUUAAAGGAAGAGCUGGUACAUAAGGGUAUACACUUUUUAUCAGAAACAGAUACAGAAGUUAUAGCAAACUUAAUCGGAUCAUAUUUGGAUGAGGGUAAAGGAUUUUCAGAAGCAGUAGAAUCUGCUUUAUCGCGUCUCCAAGGGACAUGGGGAAUUGCCAUUCUACAUAGAGACUAUCCAAAUGUUAUGAUACUAGCACGCCAUGGAUCUCCUCUAUUAGUAGGUGUACAAUCAGAUCACAUAUAUGUUGCAUCAGAGACCUCAGCUUUAGCAAAUUAUACAAAUCAGUAUGUAGCUUUACAAGAUGGUGAAAUUGCAGUACUAUCUCCAGAGGGAAUAAAAAAAUUAAUAACUCCUUCAAGAUUGAUAGAACUUCAGCAUGAAAAGGUUGAACCUUCACCAUUUCCCUAUUCUCACUGGACAAUGAAGGAGAUAUUUGAACAGCCACAUGCUUUGGCCCGUUCUUUAAAUUUUGGGGGCCGUAUCUCUCCAUAUAAUAAUAAAGUAAAAUUGGGGGGUUUAGAUAUGCAUAAAGAUGAACUUUCAAAUAUUGAAAAUCUUGUUAUUCUUGGAUGUGGUACAAGUUACCAUGCUGGUAUAUUUGCUCAGCUAAUAAUGGAAAAUAUUUGUGGUUUUAACACAGUAUCAGCAAAAGACGCCUCUGAGACACAACUUACAGGUUAUCCGAAGUAUAAUGCAGGAAUUAUUGCUGUAUCACAGAGUGGAGAAACUGCAGAUACAGUAAAAGCAACAAUGAUGGCAGAUAAACUAGGAAUCCCCAAAAUAUCAGUAGUGAAUGUUGUAGGCUCUCUAUUAGCUAGAACUACAGGUUGUGGUGUGUAUCUAAAUGCGGGAAGAGAAGUUGCAGUAGCUUCUACCAAGGCAUUUACUACUCAAGUUUUGGUUUUGUGUUUGAUUGCAACUUGGUUUGCUCAAAAUAGAGAGAUUAAUUCUUCUUUAUAUAAUUGUAAUGAGUUGCUGGAAGCCAUACAUAGGGUUCCAAUAAGUAUUGGAACUACACUCCAAGUUAAAGAUCAGUGUGAACAAAUUGCAAAAAAGCUUAUAGGUCACAAAAAUAUAUUUGUUCUUGGACGUGGACUUGGAUAUCCAGUAGCUAUGGAGGGAGCGCUCAAAAUAAAAGAGAUAUCAUACAUCCAUGCUGAAGGAUACCCAGGUGGAGCUUUAAAGCAUGGUCCAUUUGCUUUAAUAGAUAAAUCUGAAGGAACUCCUGUAUUCCUAGUGAUCCUGUCAGAUGAAUAUACUUCUUUGAUGCUUAAUGUUGCUCAACAAGUAAAGGCUAGAGGAGCAAAAGUGAUAUGCAUUACGGAUAAUCCACAAAUAUGCCAAGAUGUUGCUUCUGAAUGUAUAGUAAUACCUUCAAAUGGGCCUUUAACUGCUUUAAAUGCAGUCAUUCCAUUUCAAUUAAUUGCAUAUUAUCUUGCAGUUCAACAAGGAAUAGAUCCAGAUAAACCCAGAGGUUUAGCAAAAACAGUUACAGUAUUCUAG